CAGUGAUCCAGGGUUCUGUCAGACUGUUAAAGACCCCACUCUCCACACCUCAGCCGUUGAUCUCGCUCCCCAACCACCUCCAGCCAUGGACCCGCGUAAUCUGCCCCAGCGCACUACUCCUCAUUGGAGCCUCUACCAGCGCGAAUGCUUUGAGAGCGGCACAAAAGACGGCCGCCUUCCCCCAUUCAACACGCACCCAGACAACCUUGUCCAGCUCGCGCGCCAACGCCUGAGCGCCGGCGGCUGGUCCUACGCAGCCUGCGACGCAGGCCUAGGCAGCACCAAUGCCUCGAAUCGAGCGGCGUUCCAGCGCUGGAAAAUCAUCCCGCGCAUGCUCGUAGACACAAACAGGCGCGACACGACGAUUGAGCUGUUUGGAAAGAAGUUGGCGGCGCCCAUUGCCUUUAGCCCUAUUGGAAUCAACAAGAUCUACCAUCCCGAGGGGGAGCUGCCCGUGGCGAGAGUCGCCGGCGAACUCGGCCUCCCCUACAGCCUGUCCACGGCUGGUUCGUGCAGCAUCGAGGACGCCGGCGAACACAAUCGCAUCGGCGCUCAGAUCGGGACACAGCAGGGCCGAGGUGCCUUUUAUCCUGACGGCAUCAGGUGGUUCCAGCUGUACAUGCCUCAUGACGAAGAGUUGGCCGACUCGCUCCUGAAGCGCGCCCACAAGGCUGGCUUCGAGGCGUGCAUCAUGACGCUUGAUACCUGGCAGCUCGCAUGGAGACACGAAGACAUCGCGCUGAGUAACUACGGCUUCUACCGUGGCACUGGUACCGAGCUUGGCCUUUCGGACCCCGUCUUUGUCAAGCGCCUUUCUCAAGUUGGCAUCAAUGCCGCCAAGGAUCCCAAGGCGGCUGGCAGGCACUGGAUCGACCAGGUGUGGCACGGAAAGGCCUUUUCCUGGGCAGACAUCCCGGCCAUUCGAGAAAAGUGGCGCAAGAUCAGCGGUGGGAAACCUUUUCUUCUCAAGGGCAUCCAGAACGUCGAGGAUGCCAAGCGGGCGGUGGAGUGCGGAUGCGAGGGCAUCGUCGUGAGCAACCAUGCGGGUAGGCAGGUCGACGGAGCUGUGGGAAGCCUCGAUGUCUUGAAGGAUGUUGUCGAUGCCGUUGGAGACAAGCUCGAGGUUCUCUUCGACAGUGGUGUCCGGGGAGGAGCCGAUGUCUUCAAGGCCCUUGCCCUUGGCGCAAAGUGCGUCAUGAUUGGACGAAUGUGGGUCUAUGGCCUUUCAAUCCAGGGCGAAGAGGGCGUGCGCCACGUUCUUCGAAGUCUCCUUGCGGACUUCGACAUCCUCAUGAACGUCGGCGGCUUCCGCUCCAUCGCCGAGAUCGACCGUAGCGCCCUCAAGUACUUGCCAGACCCUCCUCAUCACCUUUAGAUGCUCUCCGCUUGGAAUUGUUUGAUCGGGUAUCAUUUCGAUUGCAAAAUACACG